CAAGCCAUGCUUCAUCCUUUAUUUGUGGGGUUGUUUGUGGAACCUUUAUGUGGCUCCUAAGGUUAAAGUUUUCUUGUGGAGAGCUGCGCGAGAAUUUUACCUACGAAGGAUGCUCUUUUGUUGAAAGGGAUGACCGUUGAUUGUUUGUGUUCAGGGUGCGGUCAAGCACCUUAGCACCCGGGUCAAUUGAUCAUAUUUUCCAAUCUUGUUCUUUUGUGGAUCACGUGUGGCGUUUGCUGGGUAAGGAGGGUGAUCAUAUUAUGUUUGGCUCUUUUUGGAGUGGUCUCAACAUCAUUGUCAUGAUGACUUAAGAAAAGAGCUUGGUGGUUAUGCUAAGGGCUGGUGGGUGAUUCAGAAGGCACGUAAUUCAGCAGUUUGAGAGGGAAAAGUUCCUCAUCCAUAUGGCCCAAAACAACUGGUUCAGAGCAUGGAGAGAAGUUGGGAAGUCCGGACGAAGGAGGUGCAGCAAUGGCGUUCUGGACAGAAAGUGCAGAGGGUUUGUUGGGUGCCGUGAGCUGAUGGUUUUUUUGUGGUAGUCAACAAUGGGAAGACACACGGUGUUAUUGAGCCUUUGUUGGCAGAGGCAAUCACAUGCAAAAAGGCGUUGUCUUGGCUAAAGAAUCGCGGUGUCUAAGAAGUUGAGAUUUUUUUCCGAUUGUGAUUCUUUAUUUCGGGUGCUUAAGGAGGAAUGUGCAAGAAGCAGUGGGAAGAAAAGAAAAAGGGCGAGCCUGCGAGUAGCACCUAGCUCAGAACAAUGGCUCCCCGUUCAAGAACCAGAAAGAGGUCAACAAGAAUGGACGCCGCGGUUGAUGCGAUGGGGAAUCUAGGUUUCGAUGCCGAAGUCGUUACUCGAGUUGUGAGAGAGCUUCUGGAUGUAAGUGUUCGGACUCUUUAUUUCGCCGCAGAAUAUUCAUGAUUUCCGCGGUUAUUUCAGCUUGAGAUUUUCUCUGAAAUUGUUGGAAGGUUCUUUGAAAUUGAUCGCCGAUUAAACUUGGGAUUUCACCGAUUGGAGGAGUUCCAGGAAGUGUUUACACGGCUUCGUUAUGUAAUGUAGAAAUUCAAUAUGGAAGUGAGAUUUUUUUUUGUUCGAGAAGGGCUUUAGUGGUAAUAUGUUGUUAUUACUUUGAAAGAUAUACGGAGGAGAUGAAGCUUGGCCGUUCAUUGAGGAGUAUGGAUACAAGGAGCUCAUAGAUGCAGUUCUUCGCGAUUCCGAGACUUCAAAAGAUGAAAACUUGGAACAGGUAUGCUCAGGAGCGGGUGAUUUUGCACCAGAAGUAGAGAACAGUAUUGUUGUGAAAUCACCAUCAUCAAGCAUCUGCGCUAAUGUUAACAACGCAGGAGAUAUGCUUCUGGCCAUCGAAGAUGUAAAUGGUUCAAAAGAAACUGAGUACGAUAGCGACGAAAUGACCUUGAUUAAGAGAAAGAGAUCCAAAGAUACCUGCAAUUCUAGCAGAACUGAGAUGGCCAAAAAUGCCCCCAACAUGUCCGCCUCUUCCCUCCCUUCUUCAAAGAUUCUCAAGAAACCUCGUGCUGUCACUGUGAAGCCAUCCUGUGAAAAGAAUCCGGGCAACACGUCUUCUUCGCGGGCCCCACCUGCUCUUCUUCCGCAGAAUUCUCCAGAACCGGUCACUCCUCGCCCGCCGGAAAGGCGCUGGCCUUGUUAUGGCUGGAUUGAAAGUGACGACGAGGAUGAACCCGAGCUCAUGUAUUUUCCACCGGUGCGGCCCGCCGACCGUCCGUCGCGGUUUUCUUAUUUCAAGACUGGAACCAACAAUGAGGGUAGGCGGCCUUCAAGGUGGGAUCAAAAACCAGAAACAGUCUGAUCUGACCGUGAUCCCUUCACUACCAAUUAAGUAUGAACACUAACUAAUGUAAAUUAAUCUAAGAGUGUUGCUAUAUCCACCUUUUCGCUAUAUCACUUCAUUCAUUAAUGCUAAGAGGGGGUUUGGCAGUGCGCUGCUUUUAACAAUUUAGCUUCUGCUUUGAGUGGAAGUGAUUUUACUCUGUUUGUCAUGUCAGCUUCUGCUUUUCACCAACAUUAUUUUGUACAUGGAACACCGUUUCGGAGAAGCAGAUAUGAUGUGCUUUUGCUUUCAAUUUUUAUAGAAAUCACUUUAUCCAUAAG